UCCAAUCUUCUUGAUUUCUCACACCAACUUGUUGAGGCCACUUCUCUGAUGUGCUGCAUCUACCAUGGAAGCCUUACCAGCAGCUUUAUUCCCUUAUUCUUUUAUACAGCCUUAUACAAAGGUAACAAGUUAGAGGAUAACCUAUGGAAGGCUAAAGCUAUCAGGAACAGACAAGCAAAGCCUGCAGUUGAAUAGAAGUGUCCUGCUGUUCCAUUACAAAUUAAAAUAAAUUGCACAGUUCUUUUCUAGGAAAUUUAAACUCUUAAUAAGAUUAUCUGUGAUGAAAAGAACAACAACUGACAAACAAGAAAACUCUCUGGCUCUCAGUGCAACUUAAAUGAUUCUCCCUCCAGUCUGCAAGUCUACAGUUUCUGGAUUCAUAAGAUUUUACUCCAUUUAAUCACUGCUCACACUUUCCACCACAGAGCCUGGGUAUCAUUAUGUAUUUAGGACUAAGGGCCGCCGUCUGUUUUAUUCCAUAAUCUCUUUGCUUUCCCUCACUGACUGUUUUUCAAACAACACUCAUUAAACAAAGUACUCCUUUAUUCUCGGGUAGAUGGAACUAAGAGAGGGAGCAAACAGCAGUAAUGCACUUGCUGUGGAGAACAGAAAAAAAACAACAUUCCAAGAAAUUUUGUUAAUACAUGCCAAUGCAGUUUUAUAUGAGAAGGGAUAGCUGCAUUCAAGAGAAACUACAUUUACCAGGAUAUCUACAGUGAAGAAAACAUCUCAGACCUCACGACCAGCAGCGGCCACAGCUUGGCUACGAAGCUCCCAGUUACUCAUUCCCACGAGAGAAAAGGCAGACAAAAGGUGACAGAACCAUCAUGGCAUCAGCAAGCCUGCAGUUCUUUGCUUUCAUUCUGGCUUUGUUUGGCGUUUUUGGAGAUAUCGCAGCCACCUUGCUACCAAACUGGAAGGUAAACGCAGACGUUGGCUCAAACAUCAUAACAGCUAUCACACAGAUGCAAGGGCUUUGGAUGGACUGCACAUGGUACAGCACUGGGAUGUUCAGCUGCACCCUGAAAUACUCCAUUCUCUCCCUCCCCGUCUACAUCCAGGCUGCACGGAGCACCAUGGUACUGUCGUGUAUCCUAUCAGCCUUUGGGAUCUGCAUCACUACGGUCGGAAUGAAAUGCACAAGGCUGGGAGGGGACACCGACAGCAAAAAUAACGCUUGUUUUGCUGGAGGAAUCUGCUUCAUUCUUGCAGGAAUCUUUGGAUUAGUACCAACAUGCUGGUACACGAGAGAAAUUAUUUCAAAUUUCCUGGACCAGACCAUUCCAGAGAGUAGUAAACAUGAACCCGGAGGAGCAGUUUAUACUGGAUUCAUCUCAGCAGGGUUUCUGCUUAUCGCAGGUGUGAUCUUCUGCUCUUCCUGUUUUAAAAGGCAGCAAGAAGCAUGGAUUUACCCUCCAAAGCAGCACCAUUUCCCAUCCACAGAGCAGGAGAGCAAUGCAGGUUACAGCCUGAAGGACUAUGUAUAAAUAGCUGUUUCUAUCCAUCGAAGUAUUUCUAUUCAUUUGAGGGGGUUUUUUGUGUGUUAAGUGUAGUUUGGUUAUUUCAACAAAUGUGUAACAUAGCACUUAAUCUUUCUUGUAUCUGGGUUGCAGUUAUGCUUAUG